AUGCUUUGCCACUUAUGUCUCCCUCGAAUACGUGUCUCCCUCGGAUAUGUGUCUCCCUCGAAUACGUGUCUCCCUCGAAUACGUGUCUCCCUCGGAUAUGUGUCUCCCUCGAAUACGUGUCUCCCUCGAAUACGUGUCUCCCUCGAAUACAGGUCUCCCUCGAUUAUAGGUCUCCCUCGAAUACGUGUCUCCCUCGGAUAUGUGUCUCCCUCGAAUACAGGUCUCCCUCGAAUACGUGUCUCCCUCGAAUACGUGUCUCCCUCGGAUACAGGUCUCCUUCGAAUACGGGUCUCCCUCGGAUACGAGCCACUCUUACAGGCCCGAUUUCUAAAUAAUCAUUCCAGUAAGCGAUCAAACAUAACGGUUUUGCAUGUAAUCUAUCUAUCUAUCUAUCUAUCUAUCUAUCUAUCUAUCUAUAUCUGUUCAUAUUUAUCUAUGGAUAUUAGUCUAUUCAUAUCUAUCUAUCUAUCUUAUUCUAUCUAUCGAAAUUCAGUUGGUUUAAAGCUAUCUAUCUCUCUAUAUAUAUUUAUCUAUCUAAAUUUGUUCAUAUUUAUUUAUAUAAAUCUCUUCAUAUCUAUCUAUCUAUCUAUCUAUCUAUCUAUCUAUCUAUCUGUCAGACUCUCUCUUAGUAGUAGUAGUUCUUCUUCUUCUUCUUCUUCUUCUUCUUCUUCUUCUUCUUCUUCUUCUUCUAAGAGCGUCGUACUCUAUAAGCUUUUAUCUAUCUAUCUAUCUAUCUAUCUAUCUAUCUACAAAAGGCUUAGUCAAGAUGCAAAUUAA